AUGAGUCACCUUCUGUGGAAAUUUUAUUGGGAAAAUGAUGUCGAAAAGUUUCGGCGUCUGCUGGCCCCCGCCGGCCCCAAUACUCAUGCAGUAACGAAGAGUCCUGGGAUAGGAAAUUCUGGAGGUGGACUUUUAGGCGCAAGUCCUGGUGGCCCGUCCUCGUCUCGGGUGACUCCUAAGGCGCGCAAGACUUCGGGAUAUACAUAUGGACUUGGAAGAUUCAAGGAUGGCGGAGCUAUGCUUAGUCGUCAAGAGAUUAACAGUCGCGAUCACGCCGGUCUUACCGUACUCCUCCGCGCGGCCUCGUCUACCCACCCGAACGCCAGAGAAUUUGUUCAAGCCCUCCUCGAACACCCCUCCCUCGAUCUCUAUGCCCAAGAUUCCGAGAGUGGCUGGAAUGCCCUCCAUAGAUCUCUUUAUGCCGGAAAUAUCUCUAUAGCUCGGAUGCUGCUGGCCAAGGAACGAACCGAUUUGACAAACCGUACCAAUAUAUCGUCCGCUGCGAAAGUUGGCCAGCUCAUAAAGACAAAAGACCACGAGGGCAACAGCCCAUUUGAUCUUUAUAACUCUACCGUCGCUACGCGGUCGUUAAAACAAGAUCGGUCUAUCAAAUCAAAUGAUGGCUUGGAGGACGAAGACAGUGAUGGCGAAACUGCCCAAAUGGUUGCAAAUGUUGCCUUGGGUAUCGGCCAACCUGUCACGGGCGACGAAUUUUACAUGUUUGGAAGCAACAAAAAUUUAUCGCUCGGGGUUGGCGACGAAGAUGAUCGCCAGUAUCCUGAACGCAUUGUUCUGGAACGGCCGGAUGAGCUCCUACUUGACCUUUACAAGGAGUACUUAGACAGCCAAGAUGUGGAAUCACUGCCCAGCCAGCCUGAUCUGAACGACAUUCCUACCUUGGUACGCAACCAGCGUUUGGCUAUUCGAGAUAUUAUUAUGUCGAAAUUUCAUACUGCUGUCCUGACUGAUGACCCGGUGUCAAACCUCUAUAUUUGUGGUGUUGGUCGUCGAGGAAGACUGGGGUUGGGCGAUGAGAACACUCAGUUCAGGUUCGUGCCUGUACAAGGGCCAUUUAUUGAUCGCAAGAUCCGGCAAGUCGCUCUUGGGCAGGAUCAUUCCAUGGCUGUUACAGAAACCGGCGAGCUUUGGACUUGGGGCCUCAAUUCGGAUUCUCAGCUCGGCUAUGCUCUUCCACCAGUGAUGAGGUCCGACGAGGAGCCGAUGAGCCUUUCACCGCGGCAGGUGUUUGGGCCUUUGAAGAAGGAGAUUGUGCAAGGCAUCGCUGCAUCGGCUAUUCAUUCCGUAGCCCACACUGGGUCUUCUCUUUACUGCUGGGGUCGCAAUCUUGGGCAGCUUGCUCUCAUGGAUGCUGACUCGAGGUCGUUGGAAUUACAACAGACACCGCGCAAAGUUGCAGCAUCACUGCUCUCAGCCCCCAUUGAGAUGGUGUCAGCAAUCGACAAGGCCACGACGUGUUUGCUGUCCAACUAUACUGUUUGGAUUUUUACCAAUUACGGCUACAACCUGGUCAAAUUCCCUUAUCCUGAUGUCUUCAGCAACCAGAAUCUAUCGGCCAGCUCCUACACACAUCGUCAUGAGGUGGGCCGUCGCAACAUCCGGUAUAUUGCCUCGGGAGGCGAAACGAUAGCUGCGAUAACAACUUGUGGUGACUUGUUUACCAUGCAGCUGAACAGCAAGAUGGAUACUAACCAGCUUUCCGGGUCUACGACUAAUCCCGUCAAGAUCAAGAGUGCUGUUACCCAACCUCAGUGCGUAUGGGAUUCCCGAAAGGACGGCGUGGCAUCCGUGAGUGUUGGUGAGCAUGGUUCCGUCAUCAUCUGCACGGAAUCGGGCGCGGUCUGGAAACGAGUCAAGCGCGCCAAGGGGAAACUCACGACAUUCGCUAGCGCUCUCGAUGUGAAGAAGAAGGAUUUUAAAUUCGAGCGUGUUCCAUACAUCACCAACUGUGUUGGUGUUCGCAGUUCAACUUAUGGCGCUUUUUCGGCUAUCCGUAACGACAGCAAAGUCAUGUCCACGGACAUUAACAUCACAAGCCAAUCUAUAUGGGACGAUGUGGGCUCCCUCUUUUGCUUGAACGACUUUAUAGCUUCAACUUUUGACGCCGAUGAGAAGAGUUCUAGGAAGAAGUGGAAUGCUGCGAUUGCAAGAGAGAAGCCAGGAUCUGUACCCCAUGAGAUUUUGCGCUCAGCAAAUAUCGAACAAGAUCUGCUUCAGUGGAUACAGGUAAACUCUUUUCAGUAUGAUGACCUCAAUAUGGAGAUUCGAACUUCUUCAAACCCGGACCUCCGACUUCCCGUCCAUAGCUGGCUGCUGGCGGGGCGAAGUUCAUUUCUUCGUGAAGCCUUAUCGACAUAUCUGUCCAAUGGUAAUGAGGAGACUCUCGCAGAUGUAAUUACGAUCGAGAAAAACAACGGCAGGGCGCUCCUUACGUUUAUUGGCAUUGACAUAUACACGCUACUCAACCUUAUUGUGUACGCGUAUUUAGAUGUAGUCAUUCCGGUGUGGAAGUACACGAAGGAAGCACCCGCACUCGCGUAUCGCUUCCGCCAGGUGCGAACGGAGCUGAUGAAGGUUGGAACCAGACUCAACAUGCCGAAACUGGAAGCAGCAGCUAGGCUACAAGUCGGUUUGCAGCCGUCCUUGGAUGAAAACUUGCGAGAGGCUAUUACGGACCCUAUUUUCUUCAAUGAUGCCGACAUGAUCAUUGAGGUGGAUGGAGACGAAGUUCUAGCGCACAGCCAUCUCAUCUGCCAGAGAAGUCCCUUUUUUGAAGGCAUGUUUCAUGGACGGUCUCAGGGUCAUUGGUUAGCUGCUCGUCGUAGCACAUCUCUCGAGACAGAGUUAAUCCGCGUGGACCUCAAACAUAUCAGCCCGGAAACCUUUCGCUAUGUUAUGGAAUAUUUAUACGCAGAUGUCGGGGAAGACGUAUUUAACAAUGUUUGCAUGAAUACUCUGGAUGAAUUUUCGGAGCUGGUUCUCGACGUGAUGGGCGUGGCUAACGAGCUGAUGCUCGACCGCCUGUCGCAAGUUUGCCAAAGCUUGAUAGGCAAAUUCGUCACAACCCGCAAUAUCGCCAACCUCCUCAACGAGAUCAGCCCUUGCUCAGUCACUGAGUUCAAGGAUGUCGGGUUGGAGUAUAUCUGCCUGCAACUGGAAUCUAUGCUUGAAAAUCAUCUCCUAGAUGGCCUUGACGAAGAUCUUCUGUUAGACCUAGACGAGGCUGUGCGCAACAACCAGUUGGCCAGGCUUCCUUUUGCGCGCAGUGGGCGGGCUGAGCUGCUACUCCACGACCAGUACCCAGAUUUGGCUCUCGAAAUUGAAGAGGAACGCCGACGUCGGGUCAGGGAGAUGGCGUUUAAAAUUGCCCAGAAAGAUGAAGAAAAGAAACUAUCGGCUUCUUAUAAAGCACGUGUCGGCAGCCUUGACGAGUCAGUACUGGCAGCCCAGACUCCGGAACGGUCUCACCAAAGAUCGAGAGCUGCACAGAAUGAACCCUUCAGUCCUCCUUUGCGAUCAAAGGAUUCCCUUGCAGACCUGAUAUUCGACAUGGAUGACGAGGAUGGUCCCAAAAUCAGCAGUCCGAUUUCACCCGCGGUUUUAGCGUCUCCAGAUGCCAAGAACGAGUUUAAUUUGGAUAACAUGCCAAAGCUUCCAGAAGCAUGGCGAAGUGCGAAGUGGAAGUCGUUGGCGGAUGCUGACUCUGGAAACUCACCAAAGUUGGAUAGGAUCUCACCUUCCCAGCUUCCUGGACCUAGCAUCGAGCCAUUACGCCGAGCUGGCAGCUCUCGCCAACCAACAUCCCUGCCAAUUAGACCUGCUAAUGCUCCGUGGGCGUCACCUAUUCUCCCUACAUCAAAGCUGGAUUUGAAGGACAUCAUGCAGGAAGCCACUUCCAGAUCGGCGCUCACGGCUGGUUUGGCAUCGCAGGCUGAGAAGGCAAUCUCCUCAAACAAGCCACAAGCACGAAUGUCUCAGAAGGAGCGCAAGAGACAACAAGUACAGCGAGCCGAGGCCGAGGCUGCAGCAGAGAAGGAGAAGAAUAAUUCGGUGCCUUGGCAAGCUGUCCAUUCUGCGGCUCGGCCAGCACCAUGGAAAACGUCACUUUCGAUCCCAAAGACUUCAUUAAAAGACGCUAUGCAAUCAGAAAGUGCACAACGCGGAGUGCCGACGUUGUCCAAAAAACCUCUUGUCGCUGCCGAAUCCGAUCCUGGAUUGUCAAGACGGAGGACAGCCUCUCCGGAUACCCGUUUUCCAGGACAGUGCCGAACGACCGGCUCAGCAGCCGCACCCGCAAUGCCGAGUGGCCAAUCGUCUGAGAAGAAUCCGCUUGUGCCACAUUCAAAGGCGUACAUCAAGCCAGUGGCCAAGGCUGAACCUACCCUAGGAAUGAGCAUGGCUGACAUUAUUGGGCAACAACGGCUAGAGCAGCAACGGGUCAAGGAAGCUGUAGCUAAGCGAUCACUGCAAGAGAUUCAGGAAGAACAAGCCUUCCAGGAGUGGUGGGACCAAGAGAGUCGCCGAACACAGGAAGAGGAAGCCAGGAGGCAAGCCAGGGAGAAGGAGAAGGAUCAAGGUGGUGGUAACCGACGAGGACGAAGGGGCAGAGGCGGCAAGCCAAAGUCGAGCGGAAUUAUGGGCGGAGCUGAGAAGACUGAGGAAGCUUCUACAAAGCGAACAGGUAACAUCACAGGUCCUUCAAAGGGCAGGGGAGGUAAAGCUAGGGGAAGCAAACAUGGAUCUACCGGCAUAUAA